UCCCCCGCUCCCCCCCAGUCUCACUCCCCACUCUCCUGUUCCGCGGCCCCGACCCAGCGCUCCCCUCCCCCCUCUCGCCCCGCCUCGCCGCCGGCGACGAGCUCCAGCUCAGGUUGCCUUUUCCCACGGUCGGCGGCGGAGGAGGCGGGCGGCAGAGUACAUGGAGCCCAUGAGCGUGGACAGCAGCGGCUGCGGCGGCCUGGACGCGCAGAUCGAGCAGCUCUUGCAGUGCCGCCCGCUCGCCGAGCAAGAGGUUAAAGCACUAUGCGAGAAGGCUAAGGAGAUAUUGAUGGAGGAAAGCAAUGUGCAGCCAGUCAAAAGCCCAGUGACAAUCUGCGGUGAUAUUCACGGACAAUUCCAUGAUCUUGUUGAGCUUUUCCGGAUUGGCGGGAAGUGUCCAGAUACUAAUUAUUUGUUUAUGGGGGAUUAUGUGGAUCGUGGAUACUACUCCGUUGAGACUGUUUCUGUAAGAAUCAAUCUACUUGUGGAUACUAUUCUAUUCUUUCCAAUGAUACCAUGUUCGGAUUCAUGUUAUAUGUACUUAAUGAUAUUUCUUAUCCAGCUCUUGGUAGCACUGAAGGUUCGCCACCCACAUCGGAUUACAAUCCUCCGCGGAAACCAUGAGAGUCGGCAGAUCACACAAGUAUAUGGAUUCUACGAUGAAUGCCUACGAAAGUACGGCAAUGCAAAUGUAUGGAAGAUAUUCACAGAUCUUUUUGAUUAUUUCCCAUUAACAGCCCUGGUGGAAUCUGAAAUUUUCUGCCUGCAUGGUGGUUUAUCUCCAUCGAUUGAGAAUCUUGAUAGUGUGCGUAGCUUGGAUCGUGUCCAAGAGGUUCCACAUGAGGGUCCUAUGUGUGAUCUUUUAUGGUCUGAUCCGGACGAUCGAUGUGGUUGGGGCAUUUCUCCUCGUGGUGCUGGCUACACAUUUGGGCAGGACAUAUCUGAGCAGUUCAAUCACACCAACAAUCUCAAACUUGUUGCUCGGGCUCAUCAGUUAGUUAUGGAGGGAUAUAACUGGGCUCAUGAACAAAAAGUUGUUACCAUAUUCAGUGCUCCAAACUAUUGUUACCGAUGUGGCAACAUGGCAUCCAUUUUGGAAGUUGAUGACUGCAACGCUCACACCUUUAUUCAGUUUGAGCCAGCCCCUCGGAGAGGUGAGCCAGAUGUGACAAGGAGAACACCUGAUUAUUUCCUUUGAGUAAACUGGCUGCACCAUUUCUCAGCUUGUAUUGCGAUAGUCCGCACCGAUCAGUGAGAUUCUGCUGGAUCCAAAUCUGCACAUGAGCCAACAAACAAUAACAAAGGGGUGUACCAAAGCCCUGUGUAAAAUUGGCCCCCCAUUGGUCAAUCCCAAAAGACUGCUGCCAUCCUGAAACAAAAGAAGCUUCAUGCAGCCACCUGCUGAGUCCCAGGUGAAGAAAGGGCCAUCCAUGCACCCUCUCCCUCUAUACUUUGGCAAUUUCAUAGAGGCAUGGCAUUUUACAUUGGCAAAGACUGAACUCCUAUAUGUAGCUUAAGCUUGUAUUACUAGGCUUGUAAUCUGUAUUAUCAACGUUAAGAUACAGUUAAUUAAAUCAUAUUUCAGUA